GUCAGAUUGGCCGGGCGCGCAGGCGGCGGCGAUUUAUUUUUCCUCGUUCUCACCUAGGAUGUGGUCGGGCCGGUGAGAGGGGAGCCCGUUGCAGUAGCAAGCGAAACAUCAGCGGCGGAGCGCUGCGGCAGAGCCUGCUCUGUUUUAAGUAUAUAUAACGGCUUAAUUUUUCUUCCGAGCGGCGCGAUGAGUGCGGUGAAGAAUUCGAACGUGCCCAAUCCGCCGAGCUCCAAGAAGCGCAGCGGAGGCUUUCUCCGCCAGGCCAAGUCUCGAAAGGACCACCCGGCCGACUUGGAGCCCAUCACCGAAGAGGAACUCGCCAAAAAGGACUCCAUCUCCCCGGAGGACGUUCUCAGACUACAGAAGAUCACCGAAGGAUACCUCUGCUCCCCUGAUGCCAAUGUCUACGACAUUGACUUCACACGCUUCAAGAUCCGUGACAUGGAGAGUGGCAUGGUGCUGUUUGAAAUCGCAAAGCCGCCGCCGCCGUCUACACCUGAUGGGGACGACGCAGGCGAAGAGCAGCAGCUCGAAGGCGAGUGCCAGGACCCCAACGCAGGACGCUUUGUCCGGUACCAGUUCACUCCACAGUUCCUCAAGCUCAAGACGGUGGGGGCCACAGUGGAGUUCACAGUGGGGAGCAAGCCCGUGAGCAAGUUCCGCAUGAUUGAGCGGCAUUUCUUCCGUGACAAGCUGCUCAAGACAUUUGACUUUGAGUUUGGCUUCUGCAUCCCCAACAGCAAGAACACGUGCGAGCACAUCUACGAGUUCCCCUCCCUCUCCCAGGAGCUGUGUGACGAGAUGAUCGCCAAUCCAUUUGAGACCCGGUCGGACAGCUUCUACUUCGUGGACGACAAGCUGAUCAUGCACAACAAGGCAGACUACGCCUACAACGGGGGUCUCCAGCACCAGUAGAAAGCCCGGUGGCGGCCCUUCUUUCCUCAUUUUCUCCGCUCUGCUGCCAGGUUCACACACCACUUGGCUGGGAUCACCGGGGGCCACACGGUGACACCUGCAUCUCGCCUGCAGACUCCCCGCGCCCCAUCUAGAACACAGCCCGCGCACGCACACACACACAUGUACACACACUCCUCCGCGCCUGCCAUUAGGUCAUCGCCACACGCACACGGCUUUGUUGCCGCACGGGAGGACGGGCUUUCCUCCUUUCUUCUCCAUUUCGUGCCGGAAGCGGCAGCACAGUUGUAGCUGUCGACCAUAAAAAGAUGUGUACAGUCCUCGCACAAAAGCACGUUGGCAUGUCUUGGCUGAGUAGGAGUUUCUAAAGGUGGGCACAGAUCAUUUCUCGUGUUAGCCUGCCGGUCUGCGGCACAUGCCUUCAGGAAAGAAGCUUGAGAUGGGCGGCUGCAGUUGGAAAAAAACUAGAGUUGAUAUUGUGUACGCCAUCUUUUAGUCAAUGCCUCACUUUUCUUUUUCUGGGUCCGUCUUUUGUUUGUUUGUUUGCUUGUCAGCAUGUUUCACAACAGUAUUUUGCGGGGAGCUUCAGAAGAAAAAGAGUUGAGUGAGAAAACUGUUGUCAAGGGGGAGGGACAAAUGGUGGAGAAUAAGAUAUGAGGAGGAAUAAACACCUCCCACAGGGUCACCAAUCAUUUCCCGCAUUUCAUCAAUUGGGCAGUAUUGACAUCUUAAACAUAACGUCACAUGCCAGUGCGACAUGAAAAAUAUACAAUAAGCUGUAUCUGUUAUUGCAAGUUUACUGCAAUGUAGGCAACUUGAAUGCUUCUCUGGGGUGCUAAGCUUUACAUGGUUAGGGUAGGUAUGGUGGGAGGGAGGAUAGCCUUUUUUUUUCUGUACGAGUGGUCUCGUUCAACGCUUGCUGUGUUGAGCCAUGCAUGACCACAUUCACUAGUCUGGUGCUUGCUGGCAGAAGCGCUUGUCCGAAAUGACUGCCAGCUCAAGAUUUAUUUAAGGAGCGUUUGGGGGGUUCUCAAUGGUCCCUGCUAGGCAAGAAGCUUAAAACUCGAGCUCAGCAAGUAUCGAGAGCUAUACGGCACAUGGCGUGCGUUUGCAAAACGAGGGAAUAUUUGUUUCCUUGCGCUUUUCUGGUGCGCCCACAGUUUGAAAAAUGAUUGUAGUGCUGGCAAAUUUCAGUGCUACAGCUUUAACCAGUGGCACAUUUUGUGCAUCAUUUCAGUUUGGUAUAUUAGGGAACUUGAAAUACUUUAUAGCAUUGCUACGCACACUUUCUUUUUGUUUUCAGUACCUGGUUUUCGUGGUGACCUCUUUGAAGUAACAGUGGAGACGAGUGUCCUUCGACGUUCUUUCGCUGUACAGCUAUGUUUAAUGGCUGUGGUCUGCUUUGGAAGCAAACUCAUUACGUAGUGUCACAGAUGCGGUGGUAAUAAUGCAAGCUCAAAAAUCAUCCGAGCGUGGCCAGUUUAACCACAUCACCAUAGUCUUGUUUCUGUUUUGAUUCUGCUAUGCUACUUUCUUUUAUAAGCUUUCCUCGGUUCAGGUAUUGUCAUUAAGGAAGAAAGUGUAACUAACUUUAAAUCAAGUUGUGGUGGGUCACAGAGAUUGCUUUUCACUGUCACAUCAUGUGAGAAAAGAAUGUGGUUUUAUUGCAGUGGACAAGCAUCGCUACAACAAAUGCGAGUACAUAUUGCAAACUCUUGUUUCUCUUUACUGUCAGUUCCGGUGAACAGAAUUGUUCGUGUAACUUACGGGCCCAGUGUGCUGAAGUAGCCGUUGGUGCAAAAUAAGCCAGCUUUUGCAAUAAUAUGAUGAACCAUCACUAUCAAGCAUACAUUUCUGUCUAAUAGGACUUCUCUUACUAUUUCCGCUGCAAGAACUGCUUGUGCUAAUGUCAGAAAAUGCUUCCUACCUCAGUUUGACUAAUAAAUUUGGAGCAAAAUCAGCGUCACCACCUUUCAGCAGAAACACAGGUCACUGAAACAGCGUAAGCAGGGUGAUUUUUGUUAAACUCUUUUUUAAUUUUUCCGAAAGGAGGUUACAGUCUAGCAAUAAAAGACAGUUAUGGCAUAAGAAACAAGCAGCAUGACUGUUUGGUAAUUGGUAUGUUGCUAACACAGAGCAUAAGCAUGGUGUUAAAAGUAGUGCAGGGAUGGAAGAAUUACAAUGUCUGCAAACCAGAAGAGUCAUUGCUAUAGCUGCCAAUAGAGAAUGGUUGGGAACAUACUCUCAGCGGUCGAAGCUACCAUUGAGUCGCACAAAACUGGUGGUUGGAGAUGUAUACAGUCCUCGCACAAGAGCACGUUGGCAUGUGGCACAGGAAGUGUGCACAUGCGCGCAACGUAACGAAAUUGCGUAAAUUCCUUCCUAAUUGUUUAUUUCUCUCCUGUAUUUUGUAUGUGGAUAUCGUUUUGCAUUGUCUUAAAAGAACACCAGCUGCGACACCUGUUCUUCAGUUUUUUUGUCAGCGUUUAUUUAAUUGUCUCAAGUUGUGCUUUUGCUUUUCAUACAAUAAAGUUUUAAGUUGCCGUAAGCUUGGGGCUAUUUUUAUUGCUUAAAAAGAAGGGCGAGCUUUUCGCCUGCUCUCGGCUUCCGCAGGGCUUCACUUCUGUGGAGUGAAAGGCCUGCUCUGGCUUGCCGAGUGAUGCCAUGGUGGUGCGUGACUUGGCAUAUUGUAGGGAAAUACUAUCGCUGCAAAACUUGCGGCACAAACAACCAACUGUUCUAUGUACAUGCGCUCAAGGUGGUAGUCGCUAACAUGACACAGUAUAUGCCAGUAUGCAAUCUCAAGGAAAAACAGAUCUCGUAAAGUAAUAAUAUAUAUGUAGUCUGACAUGACUCAUGGAGCCACGUUUGGCAUAGUUUAAUAGUCUUAAACGAAAGCACUUGAACUGAGGGCAAAUAAUACCUUUUGAAAUGUCAUGUGCAUGCAAAUGAAGCUUUUGCUGCAGACUGCUUUCAUAAACUGCUUUUGAACAAUAUAUGUAUGUGUGUGUUUUUAUGUAGAAAGAAAAGAAGCGAGUUCGAUGCUGGAAAUAGGCACGUAGCCAAAAUUCUUGGGGGGGGGCUAAGGUUGCAUUAUUCUCAUGCUUGGUGCAUAAUAAUACAACUAUUACCUUGGACGACAACUGGCCUGCUUGAAGGCAUGUAGCAUCCUGUAGUUUUCUAGGGCAGGCGUUCGAAGGAUAUGUGCUUUCGGAAAAAUUUGGGGGAGGGGGGGGGUGCUGAAACCCCAUAGCCCCCUUCCCCCCUUGCUACGCCACUGGCUGGGAACCGAUUGUUUAAUAACAUGCAAAGCACUUGCACUUUGCAUUGGUACAUCUGUCGCCAUGCAGGAUUGCCAGGUUCCAAACAUGAAAAGUAGCCUCGAAGUGUCUGAAAGUAGAAAAAAAAAGUGGCAAGUAGCCAGCUCAGCCGUAGGUGACAAAAGAAUCGAGAAAGGUAGCCAGGGUAUACUUAGAAACAUUGAUAUGUGACAGUUGCACUGACCUUGACACUUGGAUGUAACCUGGACUGGUGCCAUAAAUGGCAUUGCAGAGGCACGGACAGAAUCAGUUUCAACAUUGUGGUGUGGUUGGGCUUUGCUCUCUUCAACCCAACUUUCUGCUUUCUUACACAAUGCAAGUACAACUGCUGAAUUUGCAAGUUGUCAGGGUAUGCUAAAUGCGCAGGUCACGCUGAGACAACUGCAUCAUCUGUUGCACAGAGGGUGAGAGAAUGCGCUGUGAGGUGGAUCAAAGAAACUGUGCACACCAUGCUAAAUCUGUAUGCAAGUGAUCUGUGCCUGUUUAUUUGUUGUAGAGGCACUGCGUAGUGGUUUGAGCAGUUUCAAUAGGAGUAAUGGGAGGAAGAUGAUAAUGCCUCGUAAUUUGUGACAAAACUUGGCAGUGUGCAACUGCCUUGCUUUUGUUGCAGCCAUCUCGCUUCCCUCUUGUCAUGAGGUGUUGGAAGGGAUGCAAACGCAGCAUUAAUUUGUGGCAGUUUCAAGUGUCCGUGGGCCUGAUGAUCAGUGACUCCUGAGUAGCCCCCUGUACAAUGGUGUUGAGAUGCACAAGCUUGUGUGAUUAGGCUUAAGUUUGCAUGCUUGGGUCAUGUGUGAUCUGCGUAUGACUUUCAGAGAUGCUCCUCCUCGCACAGCAUUUUGGUGACUGUGCUUCAUUGCUCACAGUUUUGUAGUUUCACACUGCCUCUUAUGGUUUUGUUUGCAGCAGUGCAGAUUGUGUGAUAUUAAAGAGAGAGUGUGGAAGCAAAAUAGGCAGUAUAGUUUGCAUGGCGCAGGACUAAUGCAAGUGGCAGGGUUACCAGAUGUCAAAAUCAAGAAGCAGCCAGACAAGCUUGUUGAUAAGAAUAGUAGCCAAGGAAGUAGCCAAGCUGCAACUGAAUGGUCACCUCAGGCAUUCAUGCUCUGUGCCAGUAAUUGAGGACGCCUUACACCGAUAGCAAAGGAAUGAGGGUGAUACGUACUAACAUUAGCCCUGGAAAGAGAAGUUACAAUUGUAGGGUAGCACUGGGCAUCCUGUUGGUCCAGUGCAAAACAUAAAUGUGUUAUAUAUUGCAAACUAAUGUCUGCCGAAGUACUUGAUGGUGAUUGAUUUUAUGUGGGUUGAGCGAUUGAUUAAUUCAUUUUAAGAAAACUAACCCAGCUAGUAAGCAGCUGAGCCAGUUUGGUGCAAUGUAGCUGAAGCUGGCAACCCUGCCUGUCGUUGUGUGCAGUGUGAUGAAAGUCCAGUGGCAUGCUUUAUUAGUUCAGUUUGCAUCUCCACAGGAUCUUAUCCGUAUUGAUGCACUCCCUGUCAAGAGUUUGAUGAUGAAAUUGCUCUUCCGUGUGUUUUGUCUUAAUGCUUUACAAGCCUGAGAUGUGACCAGAAUGCUUGUUUGUUUGCCUCGCGUUGUACACUUUCCAAGCUGUGCCUUUUUUGAGGCUGCUUCGAUACACUAUCUGUCUCUGUUUAAGAGCAUCAUCUUCAAAUGGUACUUGUAUCAACACUAGAUAUUUUGCUUUAGUCAUGUUUGAGGCAUAAUGCUGAUAAUUUUGCCACACACUGUUGUGUGAUGCACAUUCUACAGUGGUUUUAUAUUAAGCCAUUUAGCCUGUAACAUAACCAACAUUCAGCUAUAGUUUGUCUCAAAGUGUACAUUUUUAAGAUAGAUUGUUUAUGUAUGUAUUAUAAGUGAUGACAAGUCAUUGCACCUACAAUAUUUUGGAUCUAUAUUGUUGCCUUGCCAUUUUCCUAUUCUACAGAGUGCUGCAAUCGCAUGGUGAAAAGGAAAACACUGCAGCGUGAUGGCGAAGUGGGGAGUAAUGCAUUCUCAAUAUUGUGGUUUUGGAAUCCAGGGACAAAUUUAUAUGUGGACAGCCACAGCUUGCGUUGCAGGAUGACAAACGUGAGCAACAAGAUUUGUUGGCACCAGGUAUGCUCACAGCAAAGAUGCAGUACGUCUUGUGACAGUUCUGACCGUACAAGUGUUUAGUCCCCUUCAGCCAGCUAGUCUCGACACAGCGUGAAAUACGGGCUUGGGGAGUCUGGCUUGUGUGACGUCAAUUGGAAAGCAAAAGCACCUACCUCUCUUAUCUCUGCAGUUUUUGCUUUAGAGCAGAUAAGUGCAUCUUCCUGUUUGGAAGGCCUACCCUACCUUCUUGCCCUCCCUUCACUAGCUGCGCCUGUUUCUGAUUAGCUUUGCAAUAUAGGGCAAAAGGACAUGGUGGUGUUACAAUAGCCUCUGCACACGACGUAGACAUGCAAUAGCACUUCAGCCACUGCAGGUAGUUGCUGUUCUUUUUGUUUUAGGUGUGGGGGCUUCACAACUGUGGGCUGAGAAAUUAAGCUGGCAAGUGGGUAAAAUGUACUUGUGGAAUUUGUGGGUGUAGAAUUUGAUCAACGUGAAGCAUUUUGAUCAAUGCAAAGGGAUUUUAACCGUGGCAUUAGACUGCGAGGCAUGACUUGGCACAGGUCAUUGUUGUGUGGAAGUAGUUUCUUUAUUGCCUUGCCCUAUACACGCACAGCUGUUUUAAGAUGCAUAGCACUUGAGGACUGCAUUGUUUUUGUAUAAUGGAUUAGCACCUUGAGUGCUGGCCUUGGAGCACAAGCGUUAUUUCUGCUUGCGCUUUUGCGUUAUGCAGAGGAGGAGAAGCGCUGCUGACAAUGUGUGCCAAUGCGGUAUUUAUGCCUAUUGCUUCUGCCUGUUUUCUUGAAUAUGCAAAUAGUCUAUUAAAUGAAUUGCGAAUCCACAACUGGCUUGUUCUGUACAAUCUACUUUAGCUUUUUUUUCACAAUACAACGACGCACACCCUUGUCCUUGCACUGCUAGUCCACAAUGUACUUGUUCUAAGAUGCCUGUGCUGAAGACCUGAGCGUGGAUAUGUGCACAGUGCAAUGAUGCAAAGAUGAGAGAAAUAUUAGGAGGCUUUAUUUUAGGUUUAGCAAGAUCACAUUCUUUUGUUACAGGUGUUUGUGUCUCGUAAAUAUGUUAUCUAUUUCUAUGACCAUAUUUGCAACUUCUGUUUACAGUUUAUUUUGUUGUCAUUGAGCUCUCUUGGAAUGACAAAGCAAAGUUUUGUAAGUUAUGAUUUGCACAGUGUGCCUUGCUGCAUAGCUGCACACUGCCAAGAUCAGAAGAUGUUUCAGUACUUCCUGUUUCACCAAGGCAGCACUGCUGGCUCUGUUCUGUACAAUGUACUUUGGCUGUUUUUUCACAUUGUCAUGAUGCACACCCUUGUCCAUGCACUGCUGGUUCAUCCUGAGCAGUGCAAGGUGUAGUCAUGGUGACGUGCUUAAAACCCUUCUCACAGAUUAACUGUGUUGAGUACCUUUUGGUACCAGUCACUGCAACUCACCUGUAUGCAUGCAUGGGUUAAAUACUGCUCCGGUAUACACUGCACCUCUUACUGUUGUUGUAGUGCUGCCAGACUGAGACAUUGCUCUUGCAAAGGCUGCUGAAUCAAGAUGGCCAUUGAAAAAGUUGUGUGCACACUUGCUGUCAGAAAUUGUACAGCCUCCCUCCUCAAAAGCACAUGAACCACAUCACAAAGCCCCCAACCCUCUGCAAAACAUUUCUAGCCUCUCCUUUGCUUACCCACUUGCUGAUAUAGUGACUGCUACAUUCACAUGGACUUGGCACACUUUGGGCACCUACGAAAGGCUGUAUGCCAGUCCAUUCGCGAUUUCCCAAGUUGAUGUUUUCAGCUAGAUUUCUCUCGUGGGUGAUUGCAGUUGUCCUAUUUGUCACUUGUCCUCAUGGUAUUAAACGCUGGUCCUUGUUGUGAAUUCAGAAUGCCUGCAAACAAAACUACUGCAUUGAGUGUGGUGCUGGUUGCAUUGUGUUGCUCGCAUACAUGCGCACUUUAGUCAUAAGCUGUACUCAAGCACGGAACACAAACCUCUAUGUGAAGGGGCAAGAGAACAGGAGCAAUGGUUCGUGACCAAUGCUGUCAUUUGGUACAGUGCCUGUGUGGCAUAUUUAAGAGUUUGCUUCUGAGAAUUCACUGAAAGUGUUUCAGUGGUUUCUACCUUUCUACACUGUGAUUGCGACUGUGGAGAUUUGUUGGAGCAAAGCUAAUCAUUCUCGCUGGCAUGUUUACUCUCUACCAUGUUAUAUUACGAGAAUAACCAUUAUAUAUUAUAUACCAUACAUGAAAGCAGCACUGUGAAUAAUGAAUUAAAGGCCUAUGCUUCACCUGAA